GCCAAUGUGUAUUUCAGACUGAAAAGCGCAACGACAUCAAGGGUCUUAAGAUGAAAAGGGAUGGAAACCUUUGUCUAUAUACCAAGCAUGGCAAAGUCAUCUGGCAGACCGACACCGCUUAUCCCAUAGGGGACCACAGCGUCUGCUGUUUCGUGCAGGAUGAUGGCAACGUCGUUCUCUACAGGGGUGAAAAAACUAUUUGGUCCUCCCGCACCCCAAUAGAUCCUGAUCAUAUCUGCUCUAGCAGUUGCAGACCAUAGAGGGUUGAAGAAUAAUGACCCUCAGCAGGUGGUCUUCCUGUAAGGUCC